AUUACGAUGGCAAUAUGAAGCUAUCGUCGAUUUGCAACUACAAAAAUCGUUCACUAGCUGUGCAGCUUGAACUGUGAACUAUGUUGAUUUAGCAAGAAUAAAUACUGCAUAUAUGGCUAUCCACCCACAGUUGGAUAAUUCAAACGCUUUGUUCCCGCCACUGAUGUAUGUGGCAAGCACAUUUCUUGCCACCAGCGGCGUUCUUGGAUUGCAGCCCAACAUUUCCGUUGGCAACGAUGACUUCCUAGAUGCAUGGAACACUGAUAAUCGCUCCUUAUCAUCACCGUCAACUACAUUCAGAGCUACUUAUGCAAACAGCAGUAAACCGACUUUGCCGUCAAAUUUAAAUGAGUCGGGAAAUUAUACCUUUGGUGAUUCGGGGCCCGCCUCAACAGUGUUCAACUACUACAACGAAUCUGCCGCAGCGGUCGAAUGGCCGCCAGCAUGGCAGGGCAUCUGUUUGAUUGCUGUCUUCUGCACGUUUAUCGUUGUCACCGUCAUCGGAAAUACCCUCAUCAUAUUAGCUGUUCUAACCACUCGCCGACUUCGCACCGUAACAAACUGUUUCGUUAUGAGUUUAGCUAUUGCUGACUUACUUGUUGGCAUUUUCGUUAUGCCACCGGCUGUUGCUGUUCACCUUAUCGGUUCGUGGCGACUCGGCUGGAUACUUUGCGAUAUUUGGAUAUCCUUUGAUGUGUUGCUGUGCACGGCAUCUAUUUUAAGUCUAUGUGCCAUCAGUGUUGAUAGAUACCUGGCUGUUACCCAACCACUCACCUAUUCAAGGAAACGACGUUCCAAGCGCCUUGCGCUUCUAAUGAUUCUUAUCGUUUGGAUACUGGCAUUAGCAAUCACCUGUCCGCCCAUGCUCGGCUGGUACGAGCCUGGACGGCGAGAUUUACAUGAGUGUCGCUACAACCAGAAUGAAGGCUAUGUAAUUUUCUCAGCGAUGGGUUCAUUUUUCAUACCAAUGGCUGUCAUGAUUUAUGUUUAUGCCAAAAUAUCCUGUGUUAUAGCAAAAAGACACGACAAUAUGAACGAUAUUAAUAUUCAUAACAAGAAAUUUAAGCGCUACACCGCCGCCGAUGUUGAAAAUGAAUUCUCCGAACAGGAUCACAGUACGGGCUAUAAGAGCAAACAAGCCACGGCUCAGACAUUUUCUAAUCAGACGAUAUCGAAGGAACUACAUGAAAUCGCACUGAGCGAUACUGACAAUCUUGGCGUGUCAACAACAGUUGGCGGAAUUCAUGCUGGAAAUUGUCAAUCCUUGCUGGCACUGCCAUCCUCAAAGGACAGUGGCAGUGGGAGGAGCAGUUGCUAUGAGCUAACACGUCCAGCCUCAUUGUCGAUAAAACGCACCUCGACAGCUUCGACUACAAUGACCACAAUGGCCAGUGGCAUUGGACCCAGCAGUAGUCUAUUAGAUGCCCAAUGGCAGGGACAAUCACAACAACAGCAGCAGCAACAGCAGCAGCAGCAGCAGCAACAACAACAACAGUUGCGCACACACAGCUUUCGGCACUCGCAUCUUAGUGUUGGUGGUGCCGGCGACAGGCAGCGUGGCCACCAUCAUCAUCAUCAUCAUCAGUCAGCUGGCGCUGGAAAUGCAUCGGAUGCAACUGCAACAGCAACAACAUCAGCCAAUAUCAAAUCUCUAUCAAAUCGCAUUACAUCGCUAAAAAAGGAGAAUAAAACGACGCAAACAUUGAGCAUUGUCGUUGGCGGAUUUAUAGCGUGCUGGUUACCGUUCUUCAUCUACUAUAUUAUAACCCCAUUCCUCGCCGAGCAUCAAGUCAGCGGCACACUGGCGAAAGCACUCACAUGGCUUGGUUGGUUCAACAGCGCCAUAAAUCCAUUUAUCUAUGCAUUUUACAGUGUCGACUUUCGUGCCGCCUUUUGGCGCUUGACCUGCAAGCGUUUUUGCAGUGAGGAGCCAAAGCCACAGUUUCCCACAAACACCAUGUCCAUCAGGCGAUAGUCGUGGCGUGUCGCCACCGCACAUUCCACCACCGCAUCCCGCACACGCACAGAUAGGGAUAGGAUGAUAAUAGGGAUGGGGCGUGGCGACAUGGCGACAGUUCCUUCAGCUAGUCGAUUAUACAACUAGAAAUUUGCAAGUCGACAAUGUGGCAGGACUUGCAUAUAAUUUCAAGUCAUUCUUCAAUAUUAUGCGGACAUACACUCUGAAAAAUGAUAUGCCCUGUAAUUUAGACUACAUCAGCAGAAAGUGAGAGCCCAAAAUGGUUGGCUUAGUUUGGAAUUUCCAAAAGAAAUCUUAUUAUUUCGAGCUGCGUCACUUAGAAAACAAUCUUCCAAAUAGCAUUCAUUUACAAUUAAACAGAAAUAUAUCUCCCAACUCCAUAAAUUAAGGGAAUUGCUAAUAUUUAAAAAAAAAA